CUACAUAUUAAGAACAACAACUACCAAAUAAACACUUGCUGUUCCUUCCAUAAUUAAAUAUUUAUCCUAUUUUUCGAAAGAUGUGGUUUCAUCUCGAACAAUUUUGAAAUGUUUUCACAACGGGUAUUUUUCUUAUUUAUUCUUAUAGGUUCUUCAUUAUGUCAAAAAUUUUGGCAUUCUUAUUUCACAGGAAUUUCUAUGAAGCCCAGAUAUGAGUUCGUUUUGAAAAACGUGUCUUUAGAUGAAAAAUUCCACCUGAAUUCAACGAUUGAAUAUUGGAGAUCAUUGAAUUUGAGAACUUCGUCGUUUGCUCUUGGAGUCUCGAAUGAAAAUAUUUUCAUUUUGAAUGUUACUAAAUUCAAUAAUACGAAUGAUUUCAAUAUAUCCAUAAAAUCGAAAGAAGUCAAUGAGAGAUUUCAAGAUGCAACUUUUGUAAAUGUACAAUACAAAAAUAGAAAACAUAGUGAAAUUUUUGUAGUUGGUGCUUCUAAUGAUCAGAAAUUAUAUUGGUUGGAUGCUAAAACUUUAGAAUUUGUUUGGGUUUACAACCUAGGUUACAAAGCUGAGAGUAUUAAAUUCAAAUUCAACAACGUACGUAAUAGAAACCAACUCUUUUUGACUUCGCUGAACACUUUGUACAUUUACGAUUUCGAUGUGGAGAAAAAACAGCUAUGGUUGACGGAAACAUUAGAAGUAUCAGAUCACAUUGGAUCAUACGAUGUACUGCCCUUUCAAAAUCGUUUUUAUCUCCUUGUACCACAGAAAUCUCUUGGUUUACUUCGCGUAUUCAGAUAUGUUGAUGACCAUUUCAGAACUUUCAAGAAUAUAAGUGCUGAAGGAAUUGAGCAAGUUGCAGCCUUUCAAAUCAAUUACAAAUCAUUCUUUGCUGUUGAUGGAUUAGAGGCAGGAAUCUAUCAGUUCGAUGGAAGGAAUAGAAUACGAUUAGAACGAAUAGUUAAUUCUCAUCUAGAGGGUAUAAAAUAUUGGCUCCCUAUCAAAGUGAAUAAUUUGAGAAAGAACUUCGUACUCCUCGGUCAACGUGUUUUACAUCAUGGUUCCCUGAAGUCCAUAGUGUUGGAAACCUUCAUAUACAAUGGAAAAAAUUUCGAAGAACACGACGAUAUACCUUGUCGAAUUUUUGGAGAAGAUUUCAAUACUUUAAACUGUCUAUCCAGUACACAUGAAUCUGUUGGUAUAGAUGGCGCUGCUGCUAUUUCAAUCGGAGAUAACUUGGGAUUGUUGAUGGCAAAAAAAAGUCCUAAUAGUCUUUUUAAGGUGAAUUUCGAGGUCAGGUAUAUAGAAAAUCCGAUUAAAGAACAGAUGAGGGAGAUGAAAGAUAUAAGGAACUACCUCCAGAAUCGUCUAGAUGAAAAACUGAAAAAUUCAACUGUGAAUCAGAUUGUCGGCAAAGCAUCUUCGAAGAGCCCCAGUCAGGGAGAUUCUGUCAAAACUAGAGCAUCAUUUAGAGAGGAAAAACGUCCAUCUGCUGAAGAUCAAAGGAAAGAUUCAACUUUCGAACCAAAAAUCAAUUCAAAUCGUACCCAAAAAAUUGAUGAGCUUCUAGAUGGUUUAUUUCGAUUGAAGGAAAAGCUUGACAAGAUUGAAAAUAUAGAAAAAAGAGGAAAUUUCAAAACCCUUAUUUUCAGUGGAAAAACUAGGAUUGCAAACGCUAGAGUAAAGAAAGUGAACAAUAAAUUUCUAAACGAACAGCUAGUGGAUGAAAUUUUGGUAGAUAUCGUUAGGAAAGAUAACAAUAUAACAGUAAGAGGAACAAAAACUUUCUCGGAUAUAGAUUUGAAAAAUAUUUAUUUUGAUUCUAUCAACGGCAUUAAGGGUGACGAUAUAGUUUUUCAUGAUUCUAAUGAUGUUACCAUAAAUGGCAAUAUUCUUUUCGUAAAACCUGUAGCUAUCAUGAAGAAUAUUCAAGCAAAUAUGAUUAAUGGAAUGCCGGCUUCUUCUCUCAGCAAUUUGAAAGGAUACAGUUAUGGUACACUUCCUCCAGGUUCAAUGAAAGUUAGGAAUGUGGAAAGAAAUAAUGAAAAUAAUUUACUGGAAUUUGAAACCGUUGAACACAUUACUGGAGAAAGUUCUCUCAUUCAAUUCCCACACAAUGUCACAGUGAGAAGAGUAAACGGUGUAGAUUUUGAGGAGUUUUUGAGUAAACUGUGCUUGGUUAAUAUUCCAAACCACAUACCAGGCUCUGUAAACAUCAAAGGGGAUGUAGCAUUCGAUCUGCCUUCUAAAGCUGGUUAUCUCAAUGAUCUUCAAUUUCCAAAAGAAUACGUUUCAAUUAACGAUGAGGAAACAGUUACUAUAUCAGGUAAAAAAGUAUUUAGAAACAACAUAACCACCGAUAAAUUAAAAACAAAUGAUUAUUACAUCAACGAAUUGAAAUCUGAGGACUAUUUCACUCUUUCAACGUCACAGGAGAUCAAAGGAAAAGCUACUUUCCCAGAUGUGGAGAUAACAAAAAAAUUUCUGCAUGACGGAAAGACUGUCGGAGACAAUUUUCUACCUAAUCCUACACUAGCCACCACUUUAAAUGUUACAUCUAACGUUAAUUUUGAUAAUCUUGAGAUAACUGGAGCUCUCAUUGUUGAGAAUGUUGAUGGCUUCAAUUAUGGUAGAAUUUUAGAAGAUAUUGUAUACAAGGACGAAGAGAGGACAAUAAUAAAUUCAAUUAAAGAAUUUUCCCAAGGACUCACCAUCAAGAAAAACUUAGGAAUAACAUCGAAUUCCAUCAACAAAGUAACGUUGGAUCAAAUAGUAACCAAAGAUGGAGCACAGCUCCUAAAUAUACAGCAACUUGAUGGCAAUGUCAGUAUCAUAAGUACAGAGAUCCAACAACUAAUAGAUGGCGUAAAUGUUACUAAGCUGGACCAAGACUCCGUGAAAACUGUUGGGGAGCAGUUCAUCUCCUCCUUUCUCAUUUUCGAAAAGGAUUUAGAAGCUGCAAGCCUCGAAGUGAAGGAAAAGCUCAACGAGGUAUCGGUGGAAAAUUUCUAUACCACAACAGGUGACAGAAUUAUAAAUCAAAAAACGAAAUUCGAAAAGGUUCAUGUGGAAAAUUUGAGUAUCCACAAGAACGUUGAGGGGGUUUUUUCAAAACUUAACCUGAAAAACUUCACCGAAAAUCGGCUUUCUUACAGCACACCACAAAGUAUCACAGAAGAUAUCGUUUUGCUGAAUUCCAGAACUAAUGCUUUAGAUUGUAAGGAAAAUAAAACAUUGUGUCAGGUGAUACUGAACAGGAAGGAAGUGAAAGAUGAAAUGAUGGCUAAAAUCUCUUCUGGGAACACCCUUGUUAAAGAGCUUGUAGUGGAAGACAACAUCAACAUAGACCAUUUGAAUGGAAUGCCGUUGAACAAAGUACAAGAAACAAGGAUCAAUUCUUCAAUGAUAGAUGGAAAUGUUUACUUCACGAAUCUGCAAGUCUCCAGCAUUAGUGAAGUGCCUAUACAAGAUGUUUUAAAAGGGGUUGUGUACAAAAGUGAUGCCGAUGUAGAAAUCAAAGGUUUAAAAACAUUCAAUAAUGGUUUUAUCGUCAAAAAAAUCAUUGAAACCGAGAAAUUGAAUAACGUGCCUGUUGAGAAUCUUAUGACCAAACAGGGAGAACAGAUAAUUGAAGCUCCACUGCAAAUUUUUGGGAAUGUUACCUUCAAGAAUAAUAUCACUGUAGAGGAAACAAUAAACGAUGUGUCAGUUCAAGAAGUUAGGGAUUAUUUUGAGUAUAAGGAUGAUAUAUUUGUCGUUAAAGGAGAUGUAACAUUUGAUAGUCUAAUGUACAUAGACGAUUUGGACAUUUUUGGUAAUAUAAAUAACAGAAGUUAUGAGAAUGCCGUGGGCAAUAUUGCCUAUUUGGAUGCUGAUCUUAUAUUAACAGAUGCCAUCGAAUUCAGGGGACCGGUCGAAAUUGAUGGUGACUUUGAAAUUGAAAACCACCUCAAUGGAAUAAGCUUGUCCAAAAACUGUGAUAACAUCGUGUUUCGCAAUAAAAUCAAGGAGAACACCAUCGAAAGUCCAGUUGUAUUUACCGAAAAUAAUCUUUUUGCUCACAAUCUUGUUAUAGAGACCAAUUUGAUAACUAAGUGGAUGAGAGGUUUGGAUCUUGAGGUUUUCAAAAAAAACGCAAUUUUUUUGGAUAAAGGAUUCCUCGAAGGUACCUAUCACUUCCAAAACAUAACACUCAAUGAAAAGCUUAUUACAAAAUUCAUAAACAAAGUGAACAUGUCCAGGAUAAUUCCUCUUGGAUCUGAUCAAGAUAUCGAUCGUUUGAUCAUCGAUAAUGUGAAAUUUCUCAACAAUGUAACAGUGCAUGAUUCCAUCAAUGGUUUCAACUUGAAAGAGGAAUACGCGAACAGUGUUUUGAGUGACGAAGAUCAAGUGAUCCAGUCGGAAAUAUACUUCAAAAAUACAACUCUCAUAAGACAUAACCUAGAAGUUGCAGGUUUACUAAACGGAAAUCCAAUAGAUAAAAUAGUGACGACCGACACAAACCAAACUUUAACAGCCACAUACCAUUUUACUCAGAAAACUGUCCUGGAAUCGAACAUGUACGUCACUGGUUUGGUUAACUCGAUCAACAUGUCUACUUGGGAAAAAGGAGUAAUAAAAGUUUUAUACGAUAAACCUCAAGUUAUAACAGCUCCUUGGUAUUUUGGCAAAAACUUAACAUUCGAAGAUUCUCUUGACUGCUUGUAUGGGAUAUAUGAUUUCGAUGUCCAAAGAAAAAUAGAACAAAUGAAUGAGCAGAAGGAGCAUUCUCAAAGAAUGGAUUCACAGUACGAGGAGGAUCACAAAAGCAUCUGCAAGGAUAUACGCACGUUAAAUAAGGAAUCGAAGAAGCAAACUUAUAAAUUCGAAAGUUUGGAAGAAAUGCAACAAUUAGAGUACAAUCACGUGAUAGGAAAAACUCACUUUUUCAAUUUCGAGAAACCACGUUUGAUUAUAAGUGGAUCUGGAAAAUGUACAGUCGAUAUAUUCCACUUAGAAAAUGAUCUGUUUGUUCCAAUUUCGAAAUUCGAAAUGGGGGAAAUAGAUCAAAUAAUAUCUGUUACCGGAGACAGUAGCAUUUUCUUUGUCGUAAAAACCAAAUCUCAAACAGAAUGCGACAAUGAUGGUACCUUCGUUUGGGAGUACAAAAAUGAUACUAUGACGAAACUCCAAAACAUCGAAAACCAACAACUCCUUCAAGAAUCUAGGAUACCUCUCACAUUUUAUGGUCUCAACAAGCAUGGGGUUACUGAGUUCAGAAUUGAUAUGACCAAAGCUAUACCUGUAGGAACUUAUAGAAAAUGGAAGAUUCAUGAAGAAAAUGCUGCAUUCAUGCCACGAGGUGUAGGAACUGGACUGGCUGUCAGAACAGGAAGAAAAAUAAUCAAACUACUUCGAGAUGAACCACCAAUUGAUAAUGAAAUAGGAUGGAGUACAACAAUGAAGGGUGAGAUGAAAGUUUCCGACAACUUUUUGAUACCUGGAAGAAAUAAUAGUAAGAUGGCUGUGAUUAAGGUGGGUCCAAAGAGGUUGCGGAAAACGUUCUUGGCAAUUGUUUUCCAUGAGGAUACAGUUGUCGGGAUGAACUUAGAUGUUAUGAAGAUAUACGAAGAUUACUCGGAAAAUAGAGUUUUUCAGGAGAUUUUCACCUACAAUCCAACAUCUUUUGUAUCUUUAGAAAUGGAAAAUGGGGAAACUUUAUUACUGAUUCUAGAGAACGAAGAAAAACUACAAAUAUAUCGCUAUAGAGGUGUUGAAGGAUUUAGACGUCAUCUAUCUGCAGAGCUACCUGGAACUCACUUAUUCAAAAUGUCACUUCCUUUGAGCCAUAGUGGAGGCCAGACAGAAACUGUUGGCAUAGUGAGAAAGAACAAAAUCUCAAUCCUGAAACCAAUUAUGAUUGGAAACCCAACCAUUGAAAACAUUGAAUGUCCCUAAAUAUUUUAGUUUAUAUGUUUUGUUUUUGUAACGUUUACAAUCUUUUUCAAUAAAAUGUUAUCCAUUGGAGUUGGUGAUGAACCAUCAAUUCUUGAAUUUA